AUGGCUGAAGCCCUAGGCAUUGCCUCGGCGCUAAUAGCCAUAGUCACGGCGACGAUACAGACAAGCCAAGCUCUGUACAAUACAAUUCAAAGCUUUCGAAGUCACCAGCGAUCGGUUCAGCAACUCUUGGACGAACUCUCGGCCCUGAAAGAGGUUCUCCGGUCCUUGGACACGCACAUCCAGAUCGAGGAUGACGCGAACUUAGCGUCGCUCAAGACGCCUCUCCUCCAAUGUCGUCGAGCUUGUGCUGAUUUCGAUACGCUGAUGAUUGAGUGCACCAAGUAUUCCGGCCGGCCGAGAACUAGCUUCCGAGGCUGGGUAAAAGUAAGAUAUAUGGAGAGCGAUAUACACGGCUUCACCAGUAUGCUAGCGGGCUAUAAAUCAACCAUAGCUAUCGCCCUAGGUGAUGCGAAUCUUCGCUCUGCUACGGUCACCAUUCAGCUGCUUGGGGAGUACAAAGACAUGAUUCACAGCACGACACAAGACCUAGAGGAUCACCUCGACGAUAUCAACGAGAAAUUGAGCCGUCUUGCUUCCAGCAAUGUAUCUUCAUCCCAGGCAGUAAUCACCGACAUAGAUCGGAUCCAGAACGAGAGGGACAGCACAGAGGUCUGCCUUCAGAUCUGUGCCAAAGUCCAAGCUCACAUCGACACCAUGCGCCUUCAACCGAUUCCAGGCAGUCCGCCAUCUCAAGGAAUGUCCUGCCGGGACCUGGGGCACGCGACUGUCAUGACUCUAUCGACUUUGGACCACUGCAAACAGAUGAUAGCUGACAACGUGUCGGAGCUGCACCGGCACCAAGAUGAGAACAAGAGACGACUGGCACGAGGAACCAGCGAGAUUUCUCUGCCCACAGAAACCGACAUUCAAAGCUUGAAGAAAGAGCUCGACAGCACUAAAGAAUGUUUGGCCAUAUGCAACGCCGCAUCACAAAGAGCAGUCAAGGGGGUCCAUGUAUUGGAGGACAUGAGCACAGGCCAUGAUGGACAGCAGCUGUUUGUCUCUACUCUGGGGGAUCUCUUCAACGUGAAAGGAGCGAGCACAGGCGACAGAGGCAUACAAUUUGUCGGAUCGGUAUCAGAAGAGGCACUGCGGAUUUUCUUCCAGAGCCAAACGAAAAAAUAG